GCCCUUUAACCUACAUAGGCCAAACAGGACGUACCUUUAAACAAAGACACAAAGAACACAUAACAGCUAUCAAACAUAAUAAGGAUUACUCAGCUUAUGCAAAACAUAUAUUAAACACAGGGCAUACAUAUGGGGGAAUCGAACAAACAUUGGAUAUUAUAAAAAUCGUGCAAAAUAGACGACAUAGAGAAACUAUAGAAAAAUACUAUAUACAACGUACACACAAACAAAAUAUUGCGCUAAACGACAACAACCCAUAUUUAAAUAAUCCUAUAUUUAACACAAUCCAGGUUAUUGACCCAACCCCCUAACACCAUUUCUACCUAUAUAUACGACCCACAUCAGUACACCAAACCAGUCUAUAAACUGACAUUCACCUGAUCAGACCUGACCAGCCGAGGACACACGACACAUCAAACUCCUGUUGUUUAAAAGCCUAGAAACCAAAGCACAGAACCACAGCUGAACCGUGAGCAUGCUGGUCUCCACGCUGAUCGUGUUCCUGGCCAGUGCGAUCUUACUGUGGACUUUCUUCAGAAAAAAGAAUUAUAGGUUGAUGAAGUUAGCAGAGAAGGUGCCAGGACCAAAACCACUGCCAUUUAUAGGAAAUGUGCUUGAGUUAGGCACAGGUCCUAAAGAUUUGCAUCUAAAUAUAAUACGCCUAGCAGAUAAAUACGGUGCAAUUUAUCGCUUCUGGCUGGGAUCUGAACUCUACAUUGUACUGCAAAAUUCAGAUUAUAUACAGAUCAUUCUGUCGGAUGCCAAAAAUGUUGAUAAAUCUUCAGUAUAUGACGUCCUGAAACCCUGGCUUGGCACAGGGCUUAUUACGAGCACAGGUGAAAAAUGGAAAGCAAGCCGGAGGCUAAUCACACCCACAUUCCAUUUCCAAAUCCUGAACAACUUUGUGGAAGUGUUCAACAAAAAUGCAAGCAUUUUUGUGGAAAAGCUGGCUCACCACGUGGGUGGUUCUGAAUUUGAUAUCUACCCAUAUAUAACACUGUGCGCUUUGGAUUCCAUAUGUGAGACCUCAAUGGGAGUUAGUAUUGAAGCACAGAGGAACAGCAGAUCCAAGUACGUGCAGGCAAUUAAAAGCAUGUGUGAUAUUUUGGUGGCUCGUGUUUUCAACCUACUGCUUUACCCGGACAUUCUGUUUCGCUUAAGCUCUACUGGGAGACAGCAUGACAGGGAUCUAGUUACCCUACAUGGCAUGACCAAUAAAGUGAUAAAGACACAAAGACAGAAGAAUCUUCAGGAAUCAGCAGUAGCUGAUGAAGUUAGCAAUGACACAGGAGAGAAGAAGCGUGUUCCACUCCUGGAGCUGCUAAUCCAGUCACAGGAUGGUGCUAAAAUGUCAGAUGAUGAAAUAAGACAGGAAGUCGAUACUAUCAUGUUUGCGGGACAUGACACAACAGCAUCAGCAAUGAGUUUCAUUUGCUGGGCUCUGGCAAAACACCAACAUGUUCAAGAGAGAGUAAUGGCAGAACUAAAGGAGAUAUUUGGUGACUCUGGUCACUCUCCAACUUUACAUGACCUACAGAACAUGAACUACUUAGAGCAGGUCAUCAAAGAAACACUCAGACUUUUCCCUACUGUUCCUAUUAUUGGGAGAAAAAUCAAUGAGGACCUCAAUAUCGGGGACUACGUCUUGCCUGCAGGAGCUAAUAUAUUCAUCAUAACUUACACUUUGCAUAGGGAUCCAAAAUACUUCCCAAAUCCAGAGAAGUUUGAUCCAGAUCGUUUCUCAGCAGAACACAUCCAGGGCAGACCCCCAUAUUGCUACAUUCCUUUUGCAGCAGGCUCUAGGAACUGUAUAGGCCAGAAAUAUGCAAUGCUGAUGUUAAAAUCAUCAUUGUCAACUCUACUGAGAAAUUACAAACUACUGGUUGGUGUUACACCUCUAGACCUGGCUAAUGAAAUUAUACUUAAAUCACUGUCUGGAAUCUACAUCAAACUUGAGAGGCGAUGAAGAUCUGACAGACAGAAACAAUGCAGGGGAAAAAAUAGUUAUGAUAAUCAAAAUAGACUGCUAUAAAAUAAGCAUUGCAGACGUAAGUUUGCGUCACACAAACUUGUAGCCUUCUAGAUCUUCUCCUGACAUUGCAGGAGGCAUUAUUAUCUCCUGACCCCGUUUCCCUUGUGCCUUUAACACUCCCAGAACUAGGAUGUCAACAUUUGGAGCAAACUCCAUCACAACCCCAGGUCUUAUUGUAAAGGUCACCUGUUGGACAGAACAGCAUAUUUUCGGUGGAUACAAAACUUGUCCAAUGUUAUUAUCAAUUAGAUUAUCUUGGUGCCUGGCAUAUCUGAAUCACAGUCUCUCAAGAUGUCUACAUUCUUUUCUUUCUUUUCUCACAUCAAUUAACAACGCUAUUUUGACUGAUAAGGUUCAGUACUUUUAUUUCAAAUACAGCGAGUUUCUAAUUUAAAAUAAGUGACCCAGAAAUUCAUAAACACAAUGCCACUGUAAAAAAAAUAUAAUAAUCAUAUAAACACAAUAAAAACAGAGAGAGGGAAAGCUGUAGGACAAUGGAGUAUACAUUUUGUAAAUCUAUUGCUUA